AUGGCGUUCGACCCCUGGUCUCAGACAUAUGGCUGGAGAUCCAGGCAGUAUCCUGGCGGAGUCCUGGGCCUCUCUGAUCGCGUCCUGUCCAACGUUCAGGAGGCCAACGAGUUGUGCUCGAUCUCCGCUGGUUUCUUUCGCCUGGCCCGCUCGAUGAUGAUCCCCGUCGCCAUCGAGAACCCUCAUUGCAGUCGUCUGUGGUCAAUGCCUGCCUGGUCUCAGAUUUUAAGGCGCUCUGACAUCGAUAUCGCUGUCCUAGAUUAUUGUGCCUGCGGCAUGCUCUGGAGGAAACGGACAAGGUUCGUGUCCGCCAACGUUGUCCUCUCACAUCUUGUUUUUCAAUGCCACGGCACAGAAGUCUGCGACUUUACUGGCAAGCCUCACAUAUGUUUCUAG